AUGCGUUACUCCUUGAACAUCAUCGCCCUCGCGGCUCUCGCGUCGGCCGCGCCCACCACCACCGCGCCCAUGGACUUCGAUGCCAUCAUCGGUGCCGCUGCACCCACCCUGACUGGACCUCCUGCCCUGGCCACUGGCCAGACUGGCGUCUACGACGCGGCUGCUGCAUCUUCAUCCGCCGCCGCCGCUGUCACCGGUGUCGCUUCUGCCAGUGCCACUCAGUCCGUCGCGGCUCGUGGCCUUGACAAGCGCACUUUCUGCUUCUUUGGCUUCUGCUGGGGAUCUCCCUCCACCACUUCGUCCGCCAAGACUACUUCGAUCUGCACUACUUCCACCACUCCCGCUGCCGUGACCACUCCCAAGACUACCGCUCCUGUCACAACUUCGGCCGUGACCACUGCCACUGCCGCCACCAUCACCACUGCUCCUACCGCGCCUUCGACCUGCACCCCGGUCAGCUGGACCAACACCUUCGCGUUCACCACUGCUUCUGGUUGCGCCGAGCCUUUCGAGGUCGGCACUUACUGCGGUUUCAUUAACCCUGAGGACCCUUGCGCUGUCCAGCCCGAUGGAUACGGUACUAAGGUCCAGCCCGACACUGUCGAGGCUUUCCAGUCUUUCGCUCAGUUCCACAAGGAGGCUCAGUCGGCCGCCAACCCUUCCGGAUACGCCAACACCUUCAAGGACCUGAGCGCUGCUGUAAACGCCAACAGCUACCUCGGCCUCUACACCCUCAAGAGCUACGACGUCGCCGCCUGCGCUGCCAAGUGUGACGCCACCAACCUGUGCACCGGUAUCAACAUCUACGUCGAGCGUGACCCCUCCAUCAACCCCUCCGGCUGCUCUUGCACCAACCCUGCCUCCAUCUCCAACUACAAGUGCACUCUCUGGGGCUCCGGCGUCGACAAGGCUGCUGCUGUCAACACUGGCCAGACUCGUGAUGGCUUCCAGGUCGUGAUCACCGGCUCCAACGGCUACGAGAAGACCAACACCACCACUCCCACCACUCCCUCUGGCUGGACCAACCCCCAGGGCUGCGGCGGUGUCGUCCACUCUCACCCCAGCACCUGCAUGGGACAGAAGUUCUUCCCCGGUCCCUUUGAUGCCAGCCUCUGCGCUACCUACGCCGCUGCCCAGAACGUCCAGAACUCCAAGUCUGUCGGCCUCGGCUCCUGGGCCAGCUUCCUCGGCUACAGCCCUCUGAAGUGCAACUUCUUCAACGCCUUCAUGGUCAAGCAAAACGGUAUCGCUAAGGGUACCUACUGCAGUCUCUUCACUCAGCAGUACAAUCCUUCUGCUGCUUCUUACACUCCUUCUUUCUCCGCUGGCUUCUCCUGGAGCAUUGAGAGCUCCUGGUCCUUCUGCUCCAAAUAA